UGGAAGAGUUGACCAGUAACAGCUACAAGUGUCCAUCACUGCAAAUUGAGGAGUCUGUGUGAACGCCCUGUUUGACUUCCCCAUCAGAUGCCAUGGAGCCCUCUGAUGAUGGGGGCCUUAAUGCGGGCUCUUCGUCUAUUGAGGAGAACUACUUCCAGGGCUACACGUUCACAGACCGUUCCCACUCCAGCCGUGUGGUCAAAAGCAUCAUGGACUUAUGUUUGGAGGACGGCUUGUUUGCAGAUGUCACCGUCACUGUGGACGGCAGAGAGUUCCAACUGCAUCGCCUGGUACUGUCAGCCCAGAGCAGCUUUUUCAGAUCCAUGUUCACUUCGAACCUCAGAGAAGCUCACGAUCGCCACAUCGAGCUGAAGGACGUCAGCGCUCCGGUCUUUCAGCUGCUGGUGGACUACAUCUACCACGGCACCAUCAAGCUGCAGGUGGACGAUCUCCAAGACACGUACGAAAUGGCAGAUAUGUACAACCUAACGGCCCUCUUUGAGGAAUGCUCCCGCUUCCUCUCUCGAACUGUGGAGGUCAAGAACUGCUUGCAAGUGAUGUGGUUAGCAGACAGACACAGUGACCAAGAGCUUUAUACAGCUGCAAAGCAUUGUGCCAAAAUCCACCUAGUGCAGCUGCACAAGACAGAUGAGUUCCUCAACUUGCCUUUACGUCUCCUUGUUGACAUCAUCAAAGAUGGCGUUCCAAGCUCCCAAAAUCCGACUGCAGCAAUUCAUUCCUGGAUAAACCACAACAAAGUCGAGCGAGAGGAGUUUGCAGAUUUGCUCUCGGAUAGCUUAAAGGAGAUCGGCGAGAACGUCCACAUCUACCUUAUAGGCAAGGAGGAAACGCGUACGCACUCCCUGGCCGUGUCUCUUCACUGCGCCGAGGACGACGUCAUCAGCGUGAGCGGCCAGAACAGCCUAUGCCACCAGAUUACCGCGGCGUGCAAGCACGACGGAGACCUGUACGUGGUCGGGGGCUCAAUUCCGCGCCGCAUGUGGAAGUGCAACAUGCGCACCAUGGACUGGGAGAGGUGUGCCCCUCUGCCACGUGACCGCCUGUACCAUGCGUUGGUAUCUGUAGCCUCCGAGGAUACCAUCUACUCCAUGGGGGGCAAGACACUUCAGGACACGCUGUCUGGCGGCGUCGUCUAUUACACGGUGCGCGCCAACACGUGGACGGAGACCAGCCAGCUAGACACGGCAGUGUCCAACGCUGCAGGCGUCCACCUGGACGGUAUCAUCUACCUUCUCGGUGGUGAAGAGAACGACGCGGACUUCUUUACCAGGCCGUCCCGGCUCAUCCAGUGCUUGGACGUGGCGACGCAGAAGUGCCAUACCAAGCCGUACGUGCUGCCUUUCGCUGGCCACAUGCACGCCGCCGCCCACAAAGACCUGAUCUUUGUUGUGGCUGAAGGCGACUCGCUGGUGUGCUAUAACCCACUGCUGGACAGUUUCACACGUCUGCGAUUUCCAGAGGCGUGGAGCUGCGUGCCUUCGCUCUGGAAGGUGGCAAGUUGCAACGGGUGCAUUUAUGUCUUCAGGGACAAGUGCAAGAAGGGUGACGUUGAUACGCUCAAGCUAAAUCCUGCCACUUCUGUCGUAUCCGUUAUCAAGGGCAUCAAAAUCCUGCUUACAAAGUGGCAGUUUGUGCUGGCCUGAUGUUCAUGAUGUGUGCCAGGGUAGAGUGGGACCAUGUGGGUUAAUGCUGCGGCACUGAUCCAGAAGCAAGGUUCAAGCCUGGGUCUCCAUGAGCUUGUUUCUACAAGUACUGUCCAUUUUAUCAGCUCCACUUACCAUA